UGCCGGGAGGCGCCGCCAAUGUGAACAGCUCAGUCCGGUGAAGGAGAGCAGAGAAGCUCUGAAGCUGUCCGCCCCCCGGCUUACAUGUCAGGGGCCACACUGCUUGCGAGGUGCUCUCAGGGAGGAGGAGGAUGACCAUGAACGGCAAGCAGCAUUUCUCCAUGCACCCUGCUCUGCACGAGCCCAAGUACACCGGCCUGCAUUCAGGCUCGGAGGGCAUGCGCAGAGUCUGUCUGCCCGCCCCGCAGCUGCAGGGCAAUAUAUUCGGAGGCUUUGAUGAGAGCCUGCUGGCACGGGCAGAAGCUCUGGCGGCUGCUGACAGCAUUGUCUCUCACGGCAAGAGUCACCCGUUCAAACCAGACGUGACUUACCAUACCAUGAGCAGUGUCCCCUGCACCUCAGCCUCCUCUUCUUCCUCCACCACGGUGCCCAUCUCCCACAUCCCCUCCACCAUCGCGUCCCAUCACCACCACCACCACCAUCACCUGGGACAGACCCUGGAGGCCGGGGACCUCCUGGAGCACCUCUCCACCAGCCUGGCCGUGACCGGGAUGGGUGCUCCGGAACCUCCAGGGAUGACUACAACGGCGCACCACCACCACCAGCACCCCCAUCACCACCUGCAGACCAUGGGGCAGCUGCAUCAGGCGAUGGCCAACAUGGCCCACCCUCACUCCCUGUCAGUGCACGGCGGCAUGGCGUGCAUCAACGACGUGGAGUCGGAUCCCAGGGAGCUGGAAGCCUUCGCCGAGCGGUUCAAGCAGAGGAGGAUCAAGCUCGGAGUGACCCAGGCGGACGUCGGGUCUGCGCUGGCCAACCUCAAGAUCCCCGGAGUGGGGUCACUGAGCCAGAGCACCAUCUGCAGGUUCGAGUCCCUCACGUUGUCCCACAACAACAUGAUCGCGCUGAAGCCGGUUCUCCAGGCCUGGCUGGAGGAGGCGGAGGCUGCGUACCGGGAGAAAAGCAACAAGCCGGACCUUUUCAGCGGCAACGAGAGGAAAAGGAAGCGCACGUCCAUCGCGGCGCCGGAGAAGCGCUCUCUGGAGGCGUACUUUGCCAUCCAGCCGCGGCCCUCCUCGGAGAAAAUUGCGGCCAUCGCAGAAAAGCUGGACCUGAAAAAGAACGUGGUUCGAGUGUGGUUCUGCAACCAGCGGCAGAAACAGAAACGGAUGAAAUACUCUGCGGUGCACUGAGUUUCACACAUCAUGAAUAAAAUAGCCUACUACAUUUUUGAUCGAGUGAUUAAUAAUAACCUAAGUAGCCUAUAACUCACAGGGAUCUGUCAACAGCGUCUCUCUCUCGUCUGGGAUUAAAAGACUUUGGUCUUUGAAGCUUUUCAUUUUCGUGUCACUCACUCGUUGC